UGUCUCCAAAAAACGGCUGUGAUCGGCAGCUGCUUCACCAUCCACGAACCACCACUACACCCCUCCUCUUUCUCCCUACGUGUGUGUGUGAGUGAGUGAGUGUGUGUGUGCAGGAAGAGGCAGCAGCAGCAAGCAGGAGGAGGCACCAAGGACGUCCUUCUUUUCCCAGCCCCAGGAGCCGGAGAUGCGAGGGACGAGCAGUUAGAUUAGCUGUUGCCUGCUGCAGGAUAACUUCGCUGCAGCUCUCUGAUCCUUGCCAUUGGUGUGUGAGUGUGUGAGGAGGAUUUCAACCAGUCGCCGGACAGAGAUCUGGCCACAAAGGACUUCUCCUUUUCCGUCACUCUUGAAUGUAACAUCGCUCGGACAAAGAAGGCAGGGAAUUUAAAGCCAUCAUCAUGAAUUUCGUAAUGAAACAAGCGUUGGGAGGGGCCACCAAAGACAUGGGCAAGAUGCUCGGUGGGGAGGAGGAGAAGGAUCCUGAUGCUGCGAAAAAAGAGGAAGAAAGGCAAGAAGCGCUGAGGCAACAGGAGGAGGAGAGGAAGGCCAAGUACGCAAAGAUGGAGGCAGAGAGAGAAGGAAUCCGACAGGGGAUCAGAGACAAGUAUGGCAUCAAGAAGAAGGAGGAGAAGGAAGCCGAGGCAGCAGCUGCUAUGGAGCAGGCCUCCGAGGGCAGCCUCACCCGCCCGAAGAAGGCCGUCCCCACCGGCUGCGGCGACGAGGAGGAAGAGGAGAGCAUCGUGGACACGGUCAUGAAAUUCAUCCCGACCCCGCUCAUGGAUAUGUUCAAUAAGAAGUAACAGGGUGUUUUGGGUGAAAUGCGAUUCAAAUGUAUCCCGCCCCCCUCCCCCCACUGCCCCGCCCAAGAUCUGCAGUCACACUUUUCUCCACCCUUCAAUUUUAAGCGUCCUGGAAAUGAGAACAAGGCACCUUGAUUUUAAAAAGCUGAUCUCUGAUGGUGACACAUACUUCUAAAUGUCAUCUUUCUUGAUAAUCCCUAAUAUAUUAGGAGUGUGUAUCGCCGACAGAGAUCAAGGAAAAUCUUCUGCCAUGUUUUCAAAAUGUCAGGCACUAAAAAAGAGAUCCGAUAUCACCCAUCAUCCGCCCCUUUUGUUUGUAAAUAGCCUCGGGUUAUAAAAAAGAGAACUAUAUAUGAGUGAAAUAUGACAUAUAACAAGACGACUGAGAGUAUAAGCCAUAUUUUUAACUUUUAAGAAAUUAUCCAAAUCAUAUCAAAAUCUGAUUGAAUUUUCCUGUUCUGUUCUUCUUGCUAAUAUUUGAUACAUAUAGUGUAUAUAAAUACAUUUUUAUUAGUUCUCCGUUGUGAGGAUUCACCCCAUACAUUGUCCAACAUGUAUUGUGAACGUGUCAUGUGGUUCACUACGAACAACACGUGUAAAAGCAGGAAGUGGAGGAAUUCUUUUUUUUUUUCAAAGCAUGCAGUCAACUUUUGUGAAGUACAAAUUUGGAUACCAUUUCAUUGGUUUUAAUGAGGUGAAAUACAUUGAUAUUUGAGGCAAUAACUGGUUUUCCAUUGUUCUGUAAUUGACAUCUCGUCCACCAUGUACAGGAGGCGAUAAUUAACCUUGUGUCUGAAAUGUUCUUCCAUGGGGAAAACUCUAAAUGUUCUCCAUACAUGAUGUGUGUCUCAAAGCAGUGAGAGAAAAUUAUAAAUUCACUUGUUUGUG